AUGGCGCAAGCGUCCCCAGCCCAGCUAUUCAAUACAUCCUGGACACUGCACCGUCUUUCCCCCCUCCACCACGGAAAAGACUGCGAGACCAUCCUAAACAACCCAACCGCAUUGAAAGUAUAUGCGACGCGACUACGCGACCAGCUGACAGGCGACGUUCUCGCCGGUCUACACGCCAGCGCAACCACAGCAGAAAACGAUGUGUUGUCCAAAGCAGGCGCGCUCAAAAACUGCCAAUGGCUUUCAAUCUCCACAGAGCCCCAGCCCAACGAACAGGCCGCCUUUCCAGGCAUUUUGAUCACGCUGGAAUAUGAGAAUAUCACAUAUAAAGCCGCUUUACUUGCAGAGCCAGAGGCAGAAACCCGUACUGAUGGCCAUCGCGAGGGCACCACUUCGCUCCCAUUGCUUUUGACGAAAUUCCCAAGCGCUCUGCGACAGACCUUUCUCUCAUUCCUAUCGGCUAAUUUUGACACCUACUGCUCAACCCUUCAUCUGCCGUCGAGCUUUCUGUGCUCGGGGAUGGAAUCUUUUAUACAGAGUCUGCGGAGCACAGGGUCACGAGCUACCGCGAAUGAUAACACCGUUGAAGAAGUCGUCAAAGACCUUCAAAUCACCCUUGCAUUUUCACAAUCGAUUGCGCCAGCGCUACGCUCUCUAAACGUGAAUAUCUCUCGAACCUCCCUGAAGCAAUUCCUGAGUGUGGAUAGCGGGAAAUCAAAGGGCCGCACUCUCAAACAGAAGCUCAGCAGCCCUUUCAUUCCAAAUCUGACCUCUUAUCUGGAAACGCAUCUCGCCAUGAAAUUAGACCUGGAUGGCUCGGCUACCCAAGGAGCUGAACGACAUGUCCGGUUAUCGAAAGUUGCGUGUGCUGCUUUCGCGCUGGGGGUUGAUGGGCGGAUGAAAUUGACUGUCGCCGAUCAGGUCGAUGACGAUGACGGGAUCACACCUACUCAACGGGCAUGUGAGAUUCUCCUCCAGGCGACGAUUCGCAAGGCCGUUAUUGGAAAUCAAGCAGCAACAUGA